UUCGGCCAGCCGUUGCCCUGGCAACCAGAUGCCUCCUCUUGGUCUUUUCCUUCUCCGGACUCGCCCGGAGGGGCGCCAGGAUGAACAUGAGAACAGCAGCAUUGUUUCCUUGCUGGGGUCUUUAUUCUUGGAUCUCAUCAAGGCUAUAAUCUUGAGGAAGAAGACUGUCCCUUGAAUGAUGACAAACCAGUCAUUAAUCUAACCACAUUUCGAGAAUAAAAGAAAAAGAAACAAAGAAAUUUCCAAAAUGAACCGCUAUACAACUAUGAUGCAACUGGGAGAUGGCACCUACGGGAGUGUACUUAUGGGGAAGAGCAAUGAAUCUGGAGAGUUGGUGGCUAUCAAAAGGAUGAAAAGGAAAUUCUAUUCUUGGGAUGAGUGUAUGAAUUUGAGAGAAGUUAAGUCUCUGAAGAAACUUAAUCAUGCCAAUGUGAUUAAACUGAAAGAAGUUAUCAGAGAAAAUGACCAUCUUUAUUUUGUGUUUGAAUAUAUGAAGGAGAAUCUCUAUCAGUUAAUGAAGGACAGAAACAAGUUGUUCCCUGAGUCAGUCAUCAGAAACAUCAUGUAUCAAAUACUGCAGGGGUUAGCUUUCAUCCAUAAACACGGUUUCUUCCAUCGCGAUAUGAAGCCUGAAAAUCUGCUUUGUAUGGGUCCAGAACUUGUAAAAAUUGCUGAUUUUGGGCUAGCGAGAGAAUUACGGUCCCAGCCACCAUAUACGGAUUACGUAUCUACCAGAUGGUACCGCGCCCCUGAAGUUUUGUUGAGAUCGUCGGUUUAUAGCUCUCCCAUUGAUGUGUGGGCUGUAGGAAGCAUCAUGGCUGAGCUAUACACGUUAAGACCACUUUUCCCAGGGACAAGUGAGGUCGAUGAAAUCUUCAAAAUUUGCCAAGUGUUAGGGACUCCCAAGAAGAGUGAUUGGCCAGAGGGAUAUCAGCUUGCUUCCUCCAUGAAUUUCCGCUUUCCACAGUGUGUUCCCAUCAACUUGAAAACUCUUAUUCCCAAUGCCAGUAGUGACGGAUUACAGCUUAUGAGCGACAUGCUGCAUUGGAAUCCAAAGAAACGACCGACAGCAAGCCAGGCUUUGAAGUACCCCUUUUUUCAAGUUGGUCAAAUAGUAGGAUCUCCUCCACAAUAUAUGGAAAAGAAGCAAUCUCUUCAUAAACAAUUUCAGCUUACAGAGCCUAAACCGCCAUUGUCUGAGUUUGAAAUUCAGCACCCCCUAAAUGCACUGGACAAGAAUCAACUACAGGCCCAAUCAAGACUUAACCAUCAACCACUACAGCCAAUUCAGCUGCUAAAGAACAUGAUCGUCCAGCAGAUUCCAAAACAACAGCCUCAGCGAAAGCAACAACAAUUAUUUCCAAGUAUCAGCAAAAACCCAUCUCCUAAGCAAAAUGGUGCUGUUGGCUAUAAAAAUGGUAGGCGGCGUUGGGGUCAAAAUUUGUUUAAAACAGAUGAUAGCUGGGAAGAUUUUGACAACUCUGACCUUGGAGCUGUACAUUCCAAGAAGCCCAGCAUGUCUGUUUUAAAAGAAAAGAAAGCAAAAGAUUCUUCAUUUAGUGAUCCAGACCCAGCUCCCGCAAGCUGCAACCAGGCCAGAGGGGAAAACAAGAGUUUGCCAGCUGGGGCUUUUUUAAAAAAUGACACUGACUUAUCAACUGCUUCGACCGCCAAACAAUAUUACCUGAGACAAUCAAGAUACCUUCCAGGUGUAAAUCCCAAGAAUGUGUCUUUACUAGCCCCUGGUAAAGAAGGAAACCCAUAUGUUUGGAAUAAUCAAAUGUUUCCCAAGCCUCUGGCAUCAAUUGGAGAGGGACUGUCUUUCAACAAAAAUAAUACAGGAAGCCUUGAAGGCUACGCUAGUUAUAACCAGCAUGGAGGAUAUGUCCCUUCAUUUCACAAAAAGGAAGUUGGUUCAGCUGGACAAAGGCUACAUUUAGCACCUACUGGUGCCACCAAUUCAGAUCAUUGUUCUACAGACAGUGAUAGGAAGAAAGAUUAUGCCUGGAAAACACAAACAGGUCGGGCCCAAUUUCCAGGUCCCGCUUACAGUUCAACAGCAAAAGAUAUAAAUAUUUUAAACCGCCCCCAUCCAAUUCAUUCAGUGCAUGGAAGAACAGACUGGGUGGCCAAGUAUGGAGGCCAUCGAUAGAUUUUCAUAAUGCACUAAGUAUUCAUAAUACAAUCACAACGCAUCCAGGCUCCUUUUUCAGAGAAGUGUCUACAGAUGUUUUUUCCACUGAUUUCUUUGAGAAAUAUGGAGUAUAAAAAUAAUCUUACAUUUAUUAGAAAUGUAUUGUCCAACACAUUGGUUUAAGAGUAGGAUUGUUCAAAGUAUUGAAUAAAGGUUUGCCAAAAUAUCAAGUAUUUUAUCAUAUUGAGACAAGUGGUAAGCUGAUAGAAAUAUUUUUUUGUAAAACCUUUCAGGUUUUUGUUUUGUUUUUUAAUAUGUGCUAUUGCAUAACAGAGUCAGGUUUCUCAGGAAAAUUCAAUAUAUGCCUCAGAGAUUUCUUAUUUGGGAAAAACUCUGGAGGGUGGUAGUCAGGGUCAGGGUUGCUUGAGGCUUUAAACAGAUCUUUUCCUACCUGUUAGUGGAUGAAUACAGAAAAUAAAUGUAUUUUGCUUUUAGCUCUAGGAAAUUUCUAGAGGGUAAAUAUGGAAACCUUCUGCAGGUUCUGUUAAUGACAAGAAUUGUAGAACCUGGCUAGCAGUCAGUAGAUCAGAGAAUAUUAAAAUUCUGUUACUUGAAUGGAGUCCAGUUCGAUUGGGUAUGCUUUGCAACUUCUGUUGUUGUUCAAAUAUUGCUUUUACUCAAUCCCUGGUGACUGGAGAAUGAUAUCCAAACCAUUUAGAAGGACUUCCAGACUGAAUAUUAAGCUUCCUUCCAUGAGAAAUAUCCAAUAUUUAACUACUGUCUCCUUACUGAAACUCAUACAAGACUGAAAGCACAUUAUCAUCCCAGUUAAAUGGCUCUCCUCUGACCUCUUCAUUUACAAAUUAAAUGCAUUAAGUUGCAAAGCAGUGAUGGACUUAUUACAUAUUUUUCUGUUUUUACACUUUGAACAUUGCAUUUAAGGUAGAAAUUUUAAACUGCAUCCUGCCAUUUUAUUGACUGAAAACUACUACAUAUUCUUUUGAAAGAUACUAUUGAUGACUGAUAUUUUUAUGAAUUUUAUAACUCUGGAGAAAAUAGAACUCGGUUACCAUUAUCUUAUAUUUUUGUAGCAGUUUGAGAACUUUAUCCAGUGACCCAUAGGCAAAAAGGUAAAACUGCUCUUUAUAACACUGAAAAAUGUUUAAUUCAGAGAGCAGGAAAGAAUCUGGUAAUGUAUCUUACUAGCAAUGUGCCACAAGGUUAAUUUUAUUGCUGCACAUUUCUUUGUACUAUUUAAUAUUUCAAAUCUAAUAAAACUUUAUUACAAAGAA